GCCACCUCAAGCAAGGGCCUCUCUCUGACUUAUCUCAGCAUACGGCUUCCAGGAGGAUCAUGGCCUAUACAAUGCUUCAAGUAGCUCUGUGUUCAACACUGCUUAUAGGAGCAUUGGGUGCGCCAUUUUUGUUGGAGGACCCUGCAAACCAGUUCCUCCAUCUUAGAAGGAAUGUAUAUUUGCAGGAUUACUGGAACCCAGAUCACAGUCCAGAUGUGUGGAGAAACACACUGGAAGAUCAGGCUCGUGAAACAUGGACUGCUUUGAAAACAACCAUACAGUAUUAUUUGGAUGUGAAUACAUUCACCUUGGACAUGUCCACUGCCCAGUAAAUGUGCUUUGCUAAUUAAAGCAGAAAGAUAAGAUGGCAAUGUGC